AUGAAGACAACCGUGAUCGCUGUCAUCCAACUUCACCCCAAAAAAAACGAGAUUGAAUCCAAUCACCAACGGGCAUUAUCCUUCAUCAGAGAAGCAGCAGCCUCAGGCGCACAGUUGGCCGUUCUUCCAGAGUAUCAUCUCGCAGACUUCUCUCCCAGCUACGACCCCUCAAUCAGGCAAAAAUGCGCAAAUUGGAAGAGAUAUCUCGACGCAUACUGCGCAAUAGCCAAAGAGCUCAAUAUUUGCGUCGUCCCAGGAUCCCUGGGCGAAUUACACGACGACGAUAGCAUUGUCAACGCUGCUUACUUCAUCGACAACACGGGCGCGGUCUGUGGAAAAUACGAGAAAAAGAAUCUCUGGCACUCAGAACGUGGCUAUGUCAAGGGAUCGAAAAACGAAACUCGCCAUAUCGCUUUCGAUACGCCGCUAGGCAAAGUCGGACUCCUGAUCUGCUGGGACUUGGCAUUCCCUGAAGCUUUCAGAGAGCUCAUUGCACAAGGAGCAAAGAUGAUUAUUAUUCCUGCAUUCUGGAAGUAUAGCGAUGCGGGUGAAGUGGGAAUGAAGCGCAAUCCUAAGUCUGAAGGCGAUUUUGUUGAUGCGGCUGUUGUAAGUCGGGCUUUUGAGAAUACUGCAGCAGUAGUGUUUUGCAAUGUUGCGGGGCCGAUAGAUGGUGGAUACGCUGGUCUUUCUCAGGUGGCAAUGCCAUUUUUAGGACGCAUUGAGAGGUUCAAAGAUGCUGAGGAGGGUAUGAAGAUUGUGGAAGUCGAUAUGAAUAUACUGGAGGAGGCUGAGGAUGUUUACAAGAUUCGUGAGGAUAUGGCGACGUCAGAUUGGCAUUAUGGAUAUCGCAAAUAG